AUGUCAAGCUUUUCAGAUUUCAAACUUGCUACUGAGUUGCCCGCAUGGAAAACACUUGAGUCAGUGUAUAAAAAGAGUGGGAAGGAUUUUAAAGUGAAAGAAGCGUUUGAUGAGGAUCCAAAAAGAUUCCAGAAGCUUUCCAAGACUCUCAAGAACUAUGAUGGGUCUCAGAUCCUUUUUGACUUCUCCAAGAACUUAAUCAACGAUGAAAGUUUUAGUCUUUUGAUUCAAUUGGCUAAGGAAGCAAAAGUUGAGCAUUUGAGAGAUGAAAUGUUCAAGGGUUCUUUGAUUAACUUUACGGAAGGUAGAGCUGUAUAUCACGUAGCGUUGAGAAACAGGUCAAUGAAGACAAUGGAAGUGGAAGGAAAGAAUACAGCACCUGAGGUGGAUGCUGUGUUGCAGCACAUGAAAGAGUUUUCAGAAGAAGUUAGAUCUGGUAAAUGGACUGGAUACACUGGAAAGGCUAUCACUGACAUUGUUAAUAUUGGUAUUGGGGGUUCUGACUUAGGGCCAGUCAUGGUAACUGAAGCUUUAAAGUCAUACUCCAAGCCAGGUUUGAGUGCUCAUUUUGUUUCAAAUAUUGAUGGUACUCAUAUCGUUGAAACCCUUAAAAACUUGAACCCUGAAACUACUUUAUUUUUGAUUGCUUCAAAGACCUUCACUACUGCAGAAACCAUCACCAAUGCUAAUUCUGCUAAGAGAUGGUUCUUGGAAUCUGCAAAGGACAAUAAGCAUAUUGCUAAGCACUUUGCGGCCUUAUCAACUAAUGCUGAAGAAGUUGAGAAAUUUGGUAUCGACACCAAAAACAUGUUUGAAUUUGAAAGUUGGGUUGGUGGUCGUUACUCAGUGUGGUCCGCUAUUGGAUUGUCUGUGGCCCUCUAUAUUGGAUAUGACAGAUUUGAAGAAUUUUUAAAAGGUGCUGAAGCAGUUGAUAAGCAUUUUGUAGAAACACCAUUGGAAGAUAACAUCCCAGUUAUCGGAGGUUUACUCUCUGUCUGGUAUAAUAAUUUUUUCGGAGCUCAAACUCACUUGGUUGCUCCUUUCGAUCAAUAUUUACAUAGAUUCCCUGCUUACUUGCAGCAGUUGUCUAUGGAGUCGAACGGAAAAUCCGUGACCAGGGGUAAUGUAUUCACAAAUUAUCAAACUGGUACGAUAUUGUUUGGUGAACCUGCUACGAACGCCCAACACUCUUUCUUCCAGUUGGUCCACCAGGGAACAAAGCUUAUCCCAGCUGACUUUAUUUUGGCUGCAAGAUCUCACAAUCCAAUUGAACACAAUUUGCACCAAAGAAUGUUAGCUUCCAAUUUCUUUGCCCAGGCUGAAGCUUUAAUGGUUGGUAAAGAUGAGAAUCAAGUCAAGAAAGAAGGAGCAACUGGUGGUUUGAUUCCACACAAGGUCUUCUUGGGUAACAGACCAACUACCUCGAUCUUAACUCAAGAAAUGACCCCAGCAGCUCUCGGUGCUUUGAUUGCCUACUACGAGCACGUCACUUUUGUCGAAGGUGCUAUAUGGAAUAUUAACUCUUUUGACCAAUGGGGUGUUGAAUUAGGUAAAGUUUUGGCCAAGGUCAUUGGAAAGGAGUUGGAUGAUAAAGAAAAGGUCAAGAAUCAUGACCCUUCAACCAGAGGCUUGAUCAACCAAUUCAAAGAAUGGGCCCUUUAA